CUGUGACAAAGUAUGAUAUGAUAAAUGAGUUUUUCCAUUUUGGGAUUGGCAUUUACUGCCCACUGUCCGCUAUCUUUCGGACCAUAGCUAGGAUAGGACGACUCAUAACUCUUCAUAUAUGAUUACGCCAACAGCAACCACUACUGCACUGCACAGCACACACAUCUCUACACCAAGACUACUUUCAAACUACUGCACUCUACCUCUCUCUCUCACUCUGCUGAUCUGCACAAACUCUCUCCUCCGGUUUCCCUAUGGCGGCCGGCUCAACUUCUCCGAUCAGGUACCAUGUCUUCUUCUUCUUCUUCUUCUUCUUCUUCUUCUUCUUCUUCUUCUUCUUCUUCUUCUUCUUCUCUUUCCUGUUGCAUAUGUUGUAUCAUCAAGUCCUCUCCAAUAUCCCUUGUCUCUGUCUGUGUAUGUUGGGAUCGUUGGUUUCAGGUAGAUAGGACAUGUGAGAUUCUUGAUUAUGGUAUAGUACUAGUGCAUGUCUGUCUCCUACUUUACUGCAUUAGUGAUUGAGCCGUUGUUCCAGUUGUACUUUAGCUUAUAAUAAGUUGUGGGUUGGUUUGUUCUAAUUGUUUGAUUAAUUACGUACCUCCAUCUAUAUGCUAAAUAAUGUACUAAUCAGAGUUAGGGUGCCCAGCGUAGUAGUAGCGGGCUGUAACUUUGGUGGCUUCAGUUGGGAGUAAUGGGAUGUAAUUAAUUGAUCUUCUUAAUUAUGAGUGGAGAUAUCUAUAUAUCCAUUUCUUCUUCCCCUACACCCUGCCUUCCAUUUGUAUUUCUUUGCAAAAGCUUUAUGGUAACGGGUCCAGCUCCUGUUUGGUUUGUGUGCUUACAGAUAGCUAGUCGCCGGUCAGCCAAAGAAACAAAUUAAAGGAAGCAAGGAAUUAAAGGGACAUUUAGGCUUCGUAGUUGAGGUAUGUCUCAUUUCCGCGGCAACAGGAAUGAAUCCGUAAGGGGUUUUGGGGUUGGGUUGGGGCGAGCGAUUUAUGGGUUAAGUUUUGUUAAAUGGGCAGAUUUGGAUUGAUAGGUGUCAAUAAAAGUCUGUUUGGUGCAUUGAUUUGAUACAUAUUGUUGAUAUCUUGAGUAAGAGUAGGUCAUUUUCAUUGAAAAUUUCGAUUAAAUUCAUACACAUAAGUGCACCAUUUACGUUGUCUCCAGUGGCGUCAAGGGUUUUCUUGGAGCAAGGGAACAUACAAACUAACAUGGCAGAUUGGGUCAUCCUGCUAAUCCAUGCACAUUUUAAUUAGUUUAUUUAGUUAGUAAGGACUAAGGAGGACAAGAGCUAUAUAUGGGGUUUACGGCCCUAUUUAGCUAGCCUCUUUAUAGUUUGUAAUUUCUUUUCUAGUGUUUGACUGUUCACUUUUUCUUCACACUUGACAUAAUUUUCAGGAUCGAAAUAUAUUUGAUCAGAUUAUAUUCGGUCCAAACCAGCCUCUUCCCGUUCGUGUUGAAGUUGCUAGCUUGGUUCGUUUUAUCCGCAAAACCCUUAUCCUGUUACUACGAAACCACCAUCAUUCCACCAUCCUUGCUUUUGCUGCGUGUUUGAUAGUUCGAGACCCUCCUUGGGGCUCAUCAUAUUGUACAUCCACCCUCUUCUUUCUAAUCCAAAAAUACAUGGGCAUAUCUUCUAUGUAUACACGUUUGCAAUUAUAAUUGCUUAAAGACACCACGUUUCUCUCCAAAUUCCUUUGUAUUGAACACUUGACAAUCUGGUCAAUUUCAUAACAUCCUUUGCAGAUUCCUUACUAUACAUGUUCUUCUUCAUGAAACUUUUCCUUCCCUUUUGAUCCUGAUGUUAAUCACUCUUGGAAUAGCAGUGCAUUUUUGUAUUUCAUUCUGCCGUUUCGAUAAAGAAGUGGGAGAGUAAAAUCAAGAAUUUAGGUAUUUGCAUAAUGUGUACCCGUAUACUCUCAAAUAAACAUUCGGAAGAGUAUAAGUACAUUUUCUAAUACUCGACAAAUAGUCUACGAGUUUGAAGGUAAUUUCCAAGCUUAUUGUCAUCCGUAUGCAUAAUACAUUUAUUUUGAAGUAUAAAUAUAUUAUUAUAAAUACUAUUUUGUAAUGGAGUGAAAAGAGAAUCAUCACUUAACAUUUUUUAUUUAUUUCUUUUCAAAUAUUCCAAUAAAUUUUCUUAGGAAUUUUCCUGUAAUUUUUGUUUCUCGGAACAUUGUUUUGUUAUUUUCUUUGACAAUUUGGACAUGGUUUGAUUGCAUAUUUCAUUGUGGAAAAUGAGAUGUUUUGGUUUGUUUUUUUUUUAAGAGCAUUUCCUUUUGAGACUACAUGCGAGAGAAGUGAAGUGAGAGAAGUGAAUUAGAAGACUCCGUUUCCGUUAGCCUUCUCCUAAGCUGUUAGUGAGAAGUAGCAGAAUUUAAAAAUAGGAAAAGAAAAAGAAACCAAUCUCGUGUGGUCAGGUGGAGUAGUUGCAGGGACUCCCUGCAGCCUAGACUAGACUGUAGGUAAAUAAUACAUCGUCCCUCAAUUAAUACGCUCUUCUCCCUCUCCCUCUCCCCGCAAUAACUUCUCUUCUCAGGCUGCCCACUCCCCACCUGCUCUCCCCCCUUCUUCUCCUUCUUCCUCCAUCCAUCUCUUCCCCCUUUGAUCUGUUCAAAAUCUCUUCUUCUUGUCCCUUGACUCUCUUCUUCCUAAUCCUAAUCCUAGUCCGUGCCGUAAUGAUAAUAGAGGGAAAAAGAAGCCAUCUCUCUCCUUUUCUUUCUCAGACUUGUAAUGUAAUGACAUCCACCUUUGUUGUUUUCCACAGCACAGAAUCUAGUCGGUCAGCCAAAAAAAAAAGAACAAAGGAAGUACGAAACUAAUGGGGCAUUUCGGCUUUGUAUUUGAGGUAUGUGUUUUCCCAACCUUUUCAUUCACGCGGCAAGACAAAUGCUUCAAAUAAUCUUUUUUUUUUUUUUUCCUUCUUUCUAAGUUGGUUUCACGGUGUACGUGAAGUAUGAAUAGGGUUAAUUAAUGCCGUAAUUGGUCACUAAAUUGUAGUUGCUAUAACAAAAUCCCAGUGAAGUUAAAAAUGCAUCACUUGUAUUUCUCAAUUCAAAUCAAUUUGUCAUUACUCUCGAUGAUCUCAACUAUUAGAAUUUUAUUAAAUAUGAAUAGUCGGCACGCAUAUUCCUUGGUGGGUCAAUCGAAUCGGUAAAGGGAUUUUGCUGGUUGUGAUGAAUUUAUGGGUACGAUUGAGUUUGUUCCAUUGUGAUAUAGCUACUUUAUUUCAUUAAUUAGUGAUUGGACCCUUGUUCCAGUUAUACUUUAGCUUAUAGACAGUUGGUUAGUUUGUUCUGUUCUUCUACGUGCCUACUUAAUUGUUUGAUUAAUUAUCUCCUUCUAUUAAUGUACUAACUAACUAGAGCUAGGGUGCCCAGCGUAGUAGUGGGCUGGGACAUUUGGUGGCCUUUCCCCAACUUUUGGAUGGGACAUUUGCUGGCUUCAGUCAGGACUCAGGAGUAGUGGGCUGUAAUUAAUUUUCUCACAAGAAGAUAUAUAGUUGGGUUGGGUGAAUAGAAGAGGAAUAAACAUUAUAAUUAACCUAAUAGGGUUCACCAGCCAAAUGAUUAAUUAUCUCCAUCUAUUAAUGUACUAAACAUUAUAAUUAACCUAAUAGGUUCACCACCCGCUUAUAACAAUCCACCAGCCAAAUGAUCACGACCAAAGUUAGAUAGUACUAACUAGAAAUGGACCGAUCUAAUCAAACCGGUUUGACUUGGUAACUAACAGUUAGUUACGUUGGUGUGUGAUCUAUGCAGGUACAGUUGAUCAUCAAGUGAAGUAGCUAGCAUUCCUAUCUUAUAAUAUAAUAAUAGCCCUUUUCCCCACUAGGCCCUAGCUACUCCACUUCCUUAAUUAGUUGCCCACAUAAUUAAUUUCCUUAGAUCAUCCCUCACUAAAAAAAUAUGGCCAAUUCUCCAUCUCCACGUCGUAUUGCUCCCCUAGGCUAUUCAUUCCUACUGCUUCUUGUUACUAUUAACCUAAUCGGUUCAAUCCCUAUCUUCGUAGCUUUCUUUUUCCUGAAAAUCCACCCGGGUGUGAAACAAGCUACAGAAUUCAUGCUAUGUUUCACCUAUUACACCUUUUCCCUUGUCUUUACUCUCCUCUUCGGCAUUCUAGCUGCUUCAUCCUUCCGUCGUAGGAGGCUCAUAAACACCUACAUGCGCCUCAUGUCCGCUCUGUUUUUGGCCGCCAUCGCCUUCCUGGUCUUCCUGAAUGCUGUUACCACUGAUGCUCCUCCACGUUAUGAUGAUGAUCAUCAGGACGCGAGGGCCUUCUCCGGAUGGCUUAGAGAGAAAGUCGAGGACGCCGCGUUCUGGAACAAGGUGAAGGGCGGCCUCGUUGAAUCCGCACUCUGCAAGGACUCCCAUACCGGCGGAAGCAAAGGGGCAAAGAAGCGUGAUCGAAUAUAUGGGAGUUGCUGCAUCAAUUGCAAUCACCUCAGCCCGAGCAACGUUUGCCCCAGUUGGAACCGAGAUCCGGAGAAGUUGUGUUACGGCUACGAGCUCUGCAAAGCUGCCGUGUUGUCCCAGUUGAAUACCAAACUGUCAACAGCUAAGCAAAUGAUUACCAUGACUAUGUGUUGAGAAACCGGGCAGCAACCACAAGCAAGAAUAGAAUGCACAAGACACACGAUUUUUACGUGGAAAACCCAAAUCGGGAAAAACCACGGGACCUUUGUCCAAGCCACAACUCCACUAGACUUUGGUGGGAUUACAAGUCCUCUCUAGACUAGCUAGAGGAUUACAAACACAUCAAGGACACUCUUCUUGGAUCAACAAUCAGCCACAAUAGCUCUCACCAACAUGGUGGAUAACAAAAACAAGAGCAAGACAAAGAAAGGUUGAGAGGUACCCAAAAAACAGAUUCUUACACCUUCUGUCCAGCAGCUAUUCCCGAUGAACUAGGCCUCAGAAUGACAUCCCACCGGUCAGAAUGAAGCCCAGACACUUCGAACCCACUGCCCAAAUUUCAGGACGAUCCAACGGUUCAAUCUUCCAGAACGCUCACUUGAACAGGCUGCCUUGCUGCAGAAACGAAAAACAGCAGCUUUUUCUCUUUUCACUCUUUUUCCUUAUCUCUUCUCUUUUCUGAUUCUCUCUCUAAAAAAUGAAAGGUUGUCAC